AUGGGGGAAACAGACUCCGAAUCAGAUAUUGAUUUUCAUCAAUCAAUUAAAAAAAUACACAUGGAGCUCGAAAAAAUCAAGUCCACUCAAUUGGCGUUCACGUACUCAGUUUGUAAAGUGAGCAAACAACUCUCAGAGAUCGAGAGCAUGGCUACCGCAAUUUCAGACAACAAGAAGAAAAUCGAUGACCUCGAGUCUGAAAAUACACAGCUUAAGCAUCAAAUCGUCUCGCAACAUCAACGCAUAGACCAGCUGGAGCAAAAAGAAGCUCAGAAGCAAAUUAUGAUAUAUAAUAUUCCAAAUCAUGAACCGAACAUCGACUUAAGAGCUGUCUUUACGCAGGUUCAAGCAGUUCUGUCCAAUGUUCCAUUAAAAGUUGAUGACGUCGUUGAUAUAAGACGGCUUCCUAGCAAAACAGCUAAACCAGGACCGUUACUGAUUAAAAUGAAGAACACUCACGUUUGCAAACGAUUCUUGACUGCAGCUAAACUACACCGUAUUAAUGUAUCACAAAAUCAAAAUUCUCUUUCAUUUUCUAUAUCUAAUUCAAUUAAUGAUCAACUUAUUUAUAUCAAUGAAUACAUUCCUAUUUCAGAUCUUAUUUUGUACAAGAAAGCAAAGGCACACAAGAUUGAGCACAAUUUUAAGUAUUUAUGGAAAAAAAAUGGCAAUAUUUUCAUGAGGAAGGAUGACGAGAGCAAAAUUUUUAAACUUUCAUCACUUACUGAUUUUCGUUUGAUAGAGUAA